UUGCCCGCGCGCGGCCGCGUUGGCCGCACAGGCGCAGUCGAACACGGGCGGAGUUGUGGGAGGGGAGGAGGAAGAGGCGGAGAGGGUAGGGGGCCGGUCCCAGAAGAUGGCGGAGGCGGGGGAUUUCUGGUAGGUUCUACUCUAGGACAAGAUGUGAUGGUACUGUUGAAACGUCAAUCUGCUUUGAUUCAUAGACAGUUGAGCUUUUCAGCUGGGAAGCCUUUUUUUUUUUAACGGCUUACUGAACUUAUGAAACCAUGGCGGAAGGAGAGACAGAAUCACGUGGGCCCAAAAAGUGUGGCCCAUAUAUCUCCUCCAUUACUAGCCAGAGUGUGAACUUGAUGAUUCGAGGAGUAGUGCUGUUUUUUAUUGGCGUAUUUCUCGCAUUAGUAUUAAAUUUACUUCAGAUUCAGAGAAACGUGACGCUCUUUCCACCUGAUGUGAUUGCAAGCAUCUUUUCUUCUGCAUGGUGGGUACCACCAUGCUGUGGCACAGCUUCAGCUGUGAUUGGGUUAUUAUACCCCUGCAUUGACAGGCAUCUAGGAGAACCACAUAAAUUUAAAAGAGAGUGGUCCAGUGUAAUGCGGUGUGUAGCCGUCUUUGUUGGUAUAAAUCAUGCCAGUGCUAAAGUGGAUUUUGAUAACAACAUACAGUUGUCUCUCACGCUGGCUGCACUAUCCAUUGGACUGUGGUGGACUUUUGAUAGAUCUAGAAGUGGUUUUGGCCUUGGAGUAGGAAUUGCUUUCUUGGCAACUGUGGUCACUCAGCUGCUAGUCUAUAAUGGUGUUUAUCAAUAUACAUCUCCAGAUUUUCUCUAUGUUCGUUCUUGGUUACCAUGUAUAUUUUUUGCUGGAGGCAUAACAAUGGGAAACAUUGGUCGACAACUGGCAAUGUAUGAAUGUAAAGUUAUCGCAGAAAAAUCUCAUCAGGAAUGAAGAAGGCAAAAAAAUACCUUUUGUACAGAAAAACAAGAUGAAAAGGACAUCUAAAUGAGAGAUAUACCAACAAAACUUGGGACUGUAAAAUUGCCAGGAUGCAGUUUUUCCCUUGAUUGGCGUGUGUAUAUAUGUAUACACACACACACAUAUUACUGCAAUCUGUGAUUGCUUCAUCUGUAAAUCAAUUAUAAACCUUUAUGUAUUUGACUGAACUGUAAGAUAUAUAUGCACUACAUUAAAAAAGUUGAUUAAUAGAUGAAAUUUUUAAAUUAAUUUUUUAAACAUACCAUACGUUAUAUCACAAUGUUGAUGUGCCAAAAUGUUCUGUUACUGUCAUGCAGAGUAUAAGAAUGCUUUGAACAAUUUAUAAACUUAGUGAAAUAAAAUAAGAGGAAAGCCAAAAAAACAAACAAAAAGCAAAUGGGAAGGUGGUAUUUUCUCUUUCACUUACUGUUGUGCCUUUUUAUUUUUCUAAUCACAGCAGUAUGAGUUAUGAGUGCCCUAAUGUGUUGUUAGUUUCUAUUUUAAUGUUGUUUCAUGGAGUUUCAUGUAUUUAAUAUAUGGUGAAAAUGAACUUCUAUACAACGAUUUCAAACCUGCAUUACUGGAGAGAGCCCACAGAGUAUUUUUUUCUUUUGGCAGAUUUUACUGGAAGUAUAUGUGAUGAGCAGGAGACAUUAUCAGCAUUAAAUUGUUUUGAAUCUAAAUUUGGAAGAGUAUAUAUAAUUAAAAGUAAGGACCAUUAGGGACUUUAAGUAGAAUAAAUAUAUGUUUUGCAAAUACAAAGUGACCUCCUGCAAUGCCACAAAGUGUAAAGUGAUAUUAGUCGUCAUUUGCAAUGCAGAAUCUCACUGCUUUUGCACAUGGAAUGUAUAAGAAACUCUAAACAGAUCAAAAUGAAAUUUCUAAUUCUACUGGGCUCAGUCAUAUGAUUGAUUGUCAAUGGAAGGCCUGGAUUUUCAACCUUAUAUGCAGUCUGGGGAAUGGAUGGGUAUAUAAUUUCUUAUGUGUUCAUAUGUGUAUUAGUGAAUAGUUCAAGUCUGUUUAAGAAUGAAUUGAGAUGGCAUUGUGUGCACGUUAAAGAUCUUGCUAACAGUUUUGGGCAUAUCUUUCCAACAACUAGCACCAUUUAAAUAUUCUUAGAUAACUUUUUCCCCCUCAAUUUUUGUUUUUGAAAUUGACGACAACUGUCUGAUAUAUAAGGGCAAAAUCUUCUGAGUACUUUAGGGUGUGAGUGCGUACUCGCAUGUGUGGGGGUGAGUGAGUGAGAGGAUGUGUAUGUGCAUGUGCCCAUGCUUUCCUAGAAUAUUGAGUAGGUAUUUAAAAAUUUUUGGUUUAAAAUGAUUGCUGUCAGACUGAGUCUUAUAUGCCAAACUUUAAUCUGCUUUUAUGUUUUCAGGCUGAGAGUAUGAAAAUCUUAAGAGGAUUUCAUAUUGAAUAUAUGUACACAACCUUAACUAUCGUGGUGGAAGACAUACUGCUAUAAUUUAUUAUUCUAUCUUCCAGAUACUGUUAUUCAUUUAGAACAAAUAAGGUAUAUUUUUAGAAUCAACUUUGUAAGCACUAUAAAAUCUUUAAUAAGUUAUAAGGUCUAUGAUGUGUUUACUUUAAAAAUUGCUGUUAAAAGCAAGAUGUAUUAAAUACGUAAUUAUCAUC